AUGAUAGGUCGCGCGCCGCCCUUGGUGGCGCCCCAUGCCGGCGGUGGCGUCAGCGGAGCGCGUCGCGGCGGCCCGGGGCCGCGGGCGGGGUCGUUGCGAGCCCGCAGGAUGGGGCGGUGCCGCAGCGCGGAGCCCGCGCAGGCGGACGGCGCGGUCGCGCAGCUGAUCACGGAGGAGGACAUGCUGAACUACUUCAAGUCCGGCGAGAAACCGCACUCGAAGUGGAGGAUCGGUACGGAGCACGAGAAACUUGGCUUCAAUCUCGGGACGCACGAACGGCUCACCUACGAGCAGAUCCGCACGAUCCUCAACAAGCUCCACGACCGGUUCGGGUGGACGCCCGUGAUGGACAACGGGAACAUCAUCGGGCUGCAGAUGGACGGGCAGUCGGUGUCGCUGGAGCCCGGCGGCCAGUUCGAGCUCUCCGGCGCGCCCCUGCGCAACCUGCACAUGACGUGCGGGGAACUGCACAACCACCUGUACCAGGUCAAGGCGAUCGCGGAGGAAAUGGGCGUCGGGUUCCUCGGCAUCGGCUUCGACCCGAAGUGGGACAUUCCGGACGUCCCGAUCAUGCCCAAGGGCAGGUAUAACAUCAUGAUGAACUACAUGCCCAAGGUGGGGAGUCUCGGGCUGGACAUGAUGUUCCGGAGCUGCACGGUGCAGACAAACCUGGACUUCGACUGCGAGCGCGACAUGGUCGAGAAGAUGCGUCUCGGCGUCGCCCUGCAGCCGCUGGCGACCGCCAUGUUCGCCAACUCGCCGUUCCGCGACGGGAAGCCGUCGGGGUACCUCUCGUGGCGGAUGCAGGUGUGGCAGGACACGGACGACGACCGGUGCGGGAACCUUCCGUUCGUGUUCGACCCGGACUUCGGGUACAAGAAAUACCUCGACUACUGCAUUGAUGUUCCAAUGUACUUUGUCAACCGGGAUCGCAAGUACAUCGACCUGACGGGGCACCGGCAGACGUUCCGGGACUUCCUCGAGGGCAAGCUCAUCGACCUCCCCGGCGAGCGCCCGUCCAUGGCCGACUUCGAGCUCCACCUCACCACCAUCUUCCCCGAGGUGCGUCUCAAGAAGUACAUCGAGAUGCGGGGCGCCGACGGCGGCCCCUGGAAGAUGAUUUGCGCGCUCCCGGCAUUCUGGGUCGGGCUGCUGUACGACUCGGACGCCAAGCGCGAGGCCGUGGCGCUGAUCGAGUCGUGGACGCAAGAGGACCGCGACUACCUGUUCCGGCAGGUCCCGAAGACGGCCCUCGCGACGCCGUUCAAGGGGCGGCAGGUGCGCGACUGGUGCCUGGAGUUCCUCGAGAUCGCCAAGGGCGGGCUCGAGCGGCGCGCGCAGGGCGAGGAGACGUUCCUGCGCGGCGUGUUCGAGAUUGUCGAGAAGGGCGAGACGCCUGCGGAGGCGCUGCUGCGCAAGUACGAAAACGAGUGGGGCGGCAACCUGGACCGCAUCUACGACGAGCUGGAGUACUAG